UCCUUCUUCCCCUCCCUGCAGUGACGAAGUCAGAGGAGGAAAGUCUUACGGUGACUCGUGUUCGUUUUGCAUCCUGGCGGAAGCCGCAAAACCUCUGAAGCCCGAGGCAAAGCAGCGCGGAAAGAGACGCAGCCAGAGAAGCAGGCGCUCGGGCAUCCUCCGUCUGGACUGAGGCGAGGUGUUUGGCCAGAGACCAUGGUGGGUGAAGACAACAUCUUUAUAAGGAAUCGCCGAGCUAAAUAUGGCACCUCCGAAGAGAAGGAUGACUUGUCAAGCAGGCUUGAAGGAGAUUGGUCAUUUUCAAAAUCAAGCAAUGGUCAGAUUGAUUUUGACCAUGCCAUGACACGGAAGAUGCAACUUUUAGCAGAGGCUGAGCAGUUGAAGCCAGCUUUCAUGAAAGGGGUCGACGGACACUUUACAGAGUUUGUAAAUGGCUUGAUUGAGAAGUCAGUACUGCUGGAGUCUUCGUCAUCUGCCUUUCCAGAGAAUUGUGCUGAGAAAGAUGGCCACAAAAUCAAAGGAUCAAGAGCACAGCCUGAACAUGGAAAAGUGUUUAUUGCUAGGAAGUCUCUCUUGGAUGAGCUGUUUGAAGUGGAGCACAUCCGGACCAUCUAUCACAUGUUCAUUGCCCUCCUCAUCCUCUUCAUUCUCAGUACUCUUGUGGUAGACUUUAUUGAUGAAGGAAGGCUGGUGCUAGAGUUUGACCUCGUGGUCUUCUCUUUUGGCAAAUUUUCUGUUGUCGCUCCUACUUGGUUCUGCAUGUUCCUGUCCACGCUGGUUGUGCCCUAUGGCCUCUUCCUCCAGUGGGCCCAGGGCUAUCGUGAAUCCUCCCACAAGACUAUUCGUUCCCUCGUCUUUGGGGGACUCUUCAUGAUCUUCCAAUUAGUUGGGCUGGGAUUUGGGCCGACUUACAUCGCAUUGUCCUAUGAAUUGCCGCCAGCUUCUGGGUUCAUAGUCAUACUUGAGCAGGUACGACUGGUUAUGAAGGCCCACUCUUUCAUCAGGGAGAACGUUCCGCAAAUAAUCUCCUCUGCCUCACAGAAGACAAACUCUGUUCGACUUCCUCAGAUUUCCCAGUAUUUGUAUUUCCUCUUUGCUCCCACCCUUAUUUACAGAGAUGACUAUCCCAGGACUCCCACUAGAAGGUGGAGCUAUGUUGUGACCAGGUUUGCCCAGGUACUUUGUUCGCUCUUCUAUGUUUACUACAUCUUUGUGCGACUCUGUAUCCCUGUAUAUCGAAACUAUAUUCGGGAACCUUUCAACUUACGGGGGCUGGUCCUUUGCAUCUUCAAUUCCAUUCUUCCAGGUGUAUUGAUUCUAUUCCUGAUGUUUUUUGCAUUCCUUCACUGCUGGCUUAAUGCCUUUGCUGAGAUGCUGCGCUUUGGUGACAGAAUGUUCUAUAAGGAUUGGUGGAACUCCACCUCUUUUGCAAACUAUUACCGAACCUGGAAUGUGGUGGUACAUGACUGGCUGUAUUACUAUGUAUACAGAGACUUCCUCUGGUUCUUUGGAAAACAUUUUAAAGCAGCUGCAAUGUUAUUAGUCUUCACUAUUUCUGCUGCUGUACAUGAAUACGCCCUUGCUGUCUGCUUUGGUUACUUCUAUCCAGUCCUGUUCUGCAUCUUCAUGUGUUUUGGAAUGGUUUUCAACUUCAUUCUCAAUGACCGUCGGAAAGGCCCCAUUUGGAAUGUGAUCAUGUGGACAUCUCUCUUCCUCGGCCAGGGUAUAAUCCUUUCUCUUUAUAGCCAGGAAUGGUAUGCCCAUCAGUAUUGCCCUUUGAAAAAUCCUACGUUCCUGGACUACAUAAAGCCACGUUCCUGGGCUUGCCACAUUAAGAUGUGAAGUCCUCUGGAUGGUCUCCGGUUAAAGCCAGAAGAUGUUCUUUAAAAAAAAAAAAAGGACCAGUAAUAUAAAUGAUUUGAACCAUUUAAAAAAAGAAAGAAAAGGAAAACUGUCCUUUUAGUUAUGGCAAAUGAUUGCAUUUUGCCUUUUAAGGCAGCUAUGACUGGGCAGGUGGUUCUCAUUCCAUAAGCAGCUCCAACUGGAGCCAUUUUCAUGCUGGUCAUGAAACACACUGAAAGAUUGGUGAAGGAAUUUCCAGUGCAAAGGUUGCUUUUUACCAACAAUGAUCUCUGUGGUGCCUGUUCUUCCUGUCAUCCUCAAAGGGCAGUAUUGUGUGAUCCAGGUCACUUUUGCCUCUCUGAACUUAACAUUCCUUCAGUGUUGUUUUUUAAAGUAAUGGGACAUUGGCACAGUAGUGGUGUGUGUUCCUUUGCUCCUUGCUUCAGUAUUGAUAAAUGAUGGAACCAGGGCCUGGAUGACCAGGCAGCCUCUGUCAGUGCUUACCACCAAUCCUCUGUCCUACCCCAAGCAUAUGCAGAAGACUUGAGAGAGAGAGGCAGAGAUUUCUCAUUUGCGUUGGGUUGUGGAGGAGUUAAGAAACUGCAGCAGCAUCUUACCUUUUCCAGUCACAACACAACUGAGAGCUUGCGGGUAAGGACAUAUGCGCUGCCAGGCACCCUUCUUGCUGGACCACCAGGGCCACUCAGAUUUGUAGAUGCUUGGAUUGAGCGACAGAACACAUUUUGCAUCCAUUUCUAUGGAACCAGCCAUCGUGUAAGCACCUCGGAAUAAUCCAUCCAUAACUUAAUUACCGUAUUUUGACCGCAAGCAGGUUUUAAUAGAAAUCUAAAUUUGCCCUAGAAUAAGUGGAAUCGGCCAGCUUCUAAUGCCGAAUACUACUUUCCCCCUCCAUCUGUUGCUUUGUAGGAUAUUGUUGAUGACAUUAUAAAUGAUACAUUGUGAGAAGUAUACCUAACUCUUUGGUUGAUGUUCUUAAGCUUUAGUGUUCUUUUUAAAUAAAGAAAACCUAGCUUUAUGGUUUAAUGUACCUCUUAGAACCUUCCUUUUAAUUUUUAGCCUUACUCUUAAACAUACUGGCAGUAGGGGCUGGCCUUUCUUUGCCAUUGUCUUUAACUUUUGAAUGGAUAAAACCAUCAGCAUUAUGUGACAUAUCAAAAUGCAGACUUGUUUAUUCUAUGGAAUAGUUUGCAUUUUCUAUUCCAGGGAUGGCUAGUUUAUUCUUGUAGGCUACGCUGUAAUCUGGACAGUGCCUGGGGGCUGGAAGCUGUUUAGUUAUACAUCCAUGGGCCCAGUUUGUUGGUGUUAACCUGUCAGUGAGGGCUGCAGCCUUUCCAUUUAAUGGAGGAUGUGUGUUCAGGCCUUCCUAGGGAUCUAGCUCUUCUCUUUAGCUUAGUUGGCUUUCAAAAAGGAUAAGACACCUUCAUGGAGGAUAAACAGUGGAAAGAUAGGGUGUUACCAAGAAAGUCUUAACACUGAAGUGUGUAAUACUGUAUCUUUGUUUACAGCUCUUGAAAACAAAGAGUCAAAAUCUGGCAGAAGAGUUUUAUCACACCUUGCUAAGAAUUUUGGAAGCUAUUAAUGAUAGUAAUUAUUAUUAAUAUAUUAAUGAUAGCAGUUGCUAUCUAGCUGAAAUCUAGUCCACGAAUUGCCAUCUGGCCAUCCCAGAUCUGUUGAAUUUGUAUUUAAUUGUUGUCGGCAUUGAUUUUUUAUAAACUGCUAUAGACAUCUAGAGUGCUGUCCUGUGUUACAUGUCCAAUUUUGGCAUUAUUUAAUGAAGUGUACUUUAGUUACUUAGGGACACAGAAUGCAAUUUAUGCUGAAGGAUUAAGCAAUUAUAUUGACUGACUUGAAAUUGAUACUGCUGCUUCAUUUAAAAUGCCACUUUGCUCAUUAGGGUCGCCUUGGAAUUUUGCAUCAAAAAUAUGGAUAUGGUUGGUGGUGUGCUUGGAUCUCCAUAGGAAGUGACUAUACUACUGUGCCAAACAACAUCCUUGUAUUGGUAGCUGGCAAUUGGUAGCCUAUUGUACCAUUCUGACCUGCCAAUGAGUAUUCUCUGACCAUCCAUUCUCAAUGAAGCCUGAAACACAUAAUCAAUCUUCAGCCUUUUAAUUUGAAGCCUUCCUUCAGCCAUCCCAAGCUCAUCUGGGAUCCGUUGAAGGGCAAAAAGGAAGAGACUAGGGAAAACAUUUGGGAAGAAUGUAUGCUUUCUGUGUUGCCCCUCCUUUGCUCUUGAUAUGACAAGAGCAAAAGUUGUCAGCAAAUGCUGACAACUGCCUCUCAUAUUGCCUAAUUGCAGUAAAUAUUUAAGAUUAGAGAUCCAGCUGCUACAUUCUCCCUGCCUCUUGUCUGCUGCCCCCUUCAUGUAGAUAAGUUGGCCUUGUGUUGUAAAUGACCUCAUGUGAAAUUCAGUUCACAGUCAAGGGAAAACUGUGAUGAAAGCUUAUGUUUCAUCAGGGAAUUAAAUUUUAAUUCUGACUUCUACUGUGGGAAGACAAGUGCUAAGUGUACUAACUUUUAAUUGGUUACCACAAUUAUGUGAAUUAUACAGUGCAACAAGCUGGAAGAUCCAGACAGAAACAGUUUGGGAACAGUGGAAACAACAGCCAAGACAAGUUCUUUCAUAUGAGGCAUUUGGUUAUUUUAAGGACCAAUUUUUUUCUAGAAUUUCAAACCAUGCAAAUAUUGUAUUGUUAGAAGAUGGCAAUCUGCAAUAAAGUCAGUGUUUCAAUUUAAAAUUCAAAGGAGAAAGUUGCAAAUGAGAUCAUUACAAUAUAUCAUUUUUGCCUAUUUUUAAAGACAGUAGUUCCUAAUUUUUUGGCUUCCAAGCAGGAUCACUCAAAUUCCAGUACGCACAUAAAGCACAUGCACACAAUCAGCAACUGGAGACCUCAGGGCCAAGUCUGAGUACCAGAGGCAAGAGAAAGUGGUGGCUGAGUGAGUAAGUGAGAAGACUUGCUGGGAGCCCACUUUGCAGAAUGGAGGCUGCAGGAAGCGGAGGCCCACUGCCCUCCAUCCCCUCUUCAGAAAGACCCUCUUGCUGACCAGAGAAUGAUAGCAUUCUCUUGAGGUUGGCUGUCUCUGUCAGCCUGUCUGGGUCUCUUCUUUAUUCAUGAAUGGUUGUGCGUUCAGGUCUCAGGCUGGCCACUUUUACAUUUGUCUGCCUUUUGAAAUGUUACGGGAGCACUGUGAGAGAUGUUCUUCCUAUGGGUUCAUCUCAUAGCACUCUUGUGAAGCUUAAUGACCAUAUGGCCUUUAUUGUAACCAUGUAGGCAAGGCCAAUCACAUCAGGGAAAGACCCACGUGAUGGGCCCUGCCCAAAUGGUUGCAGGUCUUAAGUGUUACAUUAGGAUCAUGGGAUGAGCUCAUGGAAAAUCACCUAUCAGAGCUCUAGUAUAAUGUUUAAAGGGUUCCUUACUUCUGGCUUACAGUGGUUAAUUCUGCAGCUAGCAAGGCCAGUCCUUGCCCCCAGAUUGCACAGUCAGUGCCAGACAUAUUCAGCUAUUAGCUAUUAAAGUACUCUCUUAGCUAUUCAAGUACUGGUAGUGCUAUGGUUGUGUGUGUUCGUGCCUUUUCUCUUCCUCAUUAAUCCAUUAGCUUGAAAGGUUUGAUUUCUUUGUUACAGCAUUGAAGAUUGUGGCCUUAACUCUUUGCAAAGUUACUGUGCACUUCUGCAUUCACUACCUACCAGACAGGAUAUUUGAAGAAGGCACAUAGCUGAUGUGCCUGAGUAGUGUUUGGCAAACUGAAACCAGUUGCUUGUUAAUACUUGUGCAAUGUCCCCAGGUUUAUUUGGCUAAUGUGGAUGUGUCAUUAACUGAUGUUACUUGGUUAAUGUUUGUGGGCAAUGGAAAACUUACAGCUUGGAUUAAAUAUUGUGACAAGUAGCUAGAAAAUACAAUAUCUAACUUGGGGGGACUUAAAAGUUUGCUGAAACAUCCAGCUUUGGAAGAGGACAAAAUGUGGCUAUCUGGGCUUUGGCCCGUAUCCUGCAUAAUCUCCAGAUUUAGUCUGAUAAGGCAUACAUUGUCUACCAUACAUUGCUUUCAAUGCCUGCUCACUAGUAUUUGCAGUUUCUGUAUACAGAUGUGAAUCUUAUCUGGCAAUGUCCAUUAACCAUGAAGAAGAGUUACCUUCCUGGAACACCACAAACUGCAUACAUGCUGACUACAAAAUAGAUAAACCAGUAUUAACAUGGUGAAGCAUUUUGUUCAUUUGGGCUAGUUGUCUAUGAAGGUAUGGUAUUUGUCUUUAUAGGACUGUCUUGGGUCCAGCCAAUGAAUUUUCAUACAUUGUGUCUUUUCUGCUGCUUGUAUAAAGAGAACCACCUCAACCUUUGACUUUAGAAUAGAACUUGAUAAAUUAUAAAAUAAAUCCUCAUUUUCAUUGGGAGAAAAACCUGUACUCUUUUUUUUUUUUAAAGUAGGGAGAAGGGAGCAAACAUCAACUUACUUAUUGUAAUCAAUAUUAUUGAGUUUGAAUUUCUAAAUGUAAGUUUCCUGGAAGGGGCAGAACAUGGGUGUAGUGCAGGGCUGCUCAGCUUUGGCCCUCCUGCAGAUGUUGGUCUACAACUCCCAUAAUCCCUGACUAUUGACCAUCAUGGCUGGGGAUUAUGGGAGUUGUAGUCCAAAAACAGCUGGGGGGGGCAAAGUUGAGCAGGCCUGGUGUAGUGUUAAAAAAAUGCAACUGUUUUGCUUGAAAAGAUCUAGAUAGCUUCAUUGGCUGCAAGGCAUCGUAUUAUCCUGAAUAGCUCCUGGACAUGUUUGGUGGACAGAGGCUGUAGCUUCUCUGUAUUAGAAAGACUUGCAGAUGCCAGUGAAAAGGGGACAUUCAACUACUUCAGGCUUCAUGUGCCUUGCAGCCUUUGUAAUAUUCUACAAGAUGGGGGACAUAUGAGGUCAUGGAAGGUUGGUCAUUGUGGGGAAUCAUGUAAUUCUGAUAUUGGUUCCAAAAUGAAUUGAACUGUAUGAAUUGAACUGUUGUGACCUGUUCAGUCACGUGCAAAAGUUUAUAUGAUCUCUCCUGUACUACAGAAAUUGAAAUAUAUUUUGCUAUCUAUGAAA